CAGCUAUAUGAGUGGAAUAAUAGUGAACUCAUAAGAAACUAAUAUCCUCAAUUUAUUUUGUAAAAAUCAGAAAAAAAAAGAUCAAUUCAAGGCAAUAUCAUGAUCCAUUCGUUAUGACAUUUCCGUAAUACUGUGCUAAAAAUCAAAUAAUCUAACCUACUUACUAACCACUUGAUCUAAAUUUGAAGCGAUCUGCGUGAAACGAAUAUAUUUUCAGUAAGUAACAAGAAUUCCUGUGUUCAGUGUUGAUGUGUUUUUUUGUAUCUCCGUGAAAUAUGGAUACAACACACGAAGAAAACAUAGAAGACCAUUCUUGCCCAAGCCGAGAUGCUGAAGGUCCUAAUGUCAGGUGCAGUGCUGAAAGGUCCAAGAAAAACUCCAACUAUGCAAAAGUGCCAAAUAAAUCGGCUGACGUGAAAAAUAAUAAAAGGCUGAUGAACUAUUUCCGGGAAUAUUGUGAAUACACGGGAAUCCAUGGAUUCAGAUAUAUCGGAGAAAAUAGAACGUUAUUAGAGAGGAUAUGGUGGAUCAUAUCUUUGGUUGUGGCAGUUAUGUUCUGUGGAGUAAUGAUAUACGAAAUAUUCCAAAAAUACAUAAGUUUUCCAGUACUCGUCACCUUUUCCAUGCAGGAAACUCAUUUGCAAAAAAUGCCGUUUCCUGCAGUAACAAUAUGCCCUAGGGCAAAAAUUUCUGCGAGUUACUUGAAUCUAACGGAUAUUUUCCAGAAAAAGUUUGAGGGAUUACCUGUUACCAUUGAGGAGGAGAAAAAAUUGGACUUAGCCUCAACAUUUUGUGAUUUUUAUGCUGGUAAUAAGACGAAAGGUCUUGUUGAAGGGAAGGAUUUCUACGAGUUUGUUGAAAAGAGUAGAGCAUACUUCUUCCAUUAUUGCCAAUACUUGGGAAAUGUAGUUGACUGUUAUGAUGUUUUUACUCCUGUAUUAACAGAAGAAGGGAUUUGUUAUUCGUAUAACAUUCUGAAUAAGAAGGAUAUAUUUCGAGAUAACGUCCAAUUUCCAUUCCAAGAUUUUCAUGACGCACCAUCAUUGAAGCAAUGGAACAUUGAGGAGGGAUAUACGGUACGGGAAGUUGACACGUAUCCAAAACGAGCUCUACGUAUAGGGGCAAAAGGAGCAUUGCUGGUGGUCAUGAAAACUCAUGUGUCUGAUAUUGAAUAUGAAUGUGCAAGUGAUGAAUCUGGAUAUCGGGUGAGGCUCCAUUUACCAUCGAAUUUUCCCGAUGUAACCGACAACCAUUUCUUGGUUCCACUAGAUAAUCGAGUCAGCGCUGCUAUUAUACCACACAUGAUCAAAACAUCAGAGGGCGUCAAAAUGUUUGACGUCACCAAAAGAGAUUGUUAUUUUCAGUCGGAGAGAUCGCUGGAGUUUUUCAAAAUUUACUCACAAGAACAUUGCAUGAUGGAGUGUAGGGGGAAGUAUGUUCUGAAAAUUUGCGGUUGUGUUGAUUUUUUUAUGCCGAGGAGACCUGACACACCAAUAUGUCUUUUACAGGACAUUGAAUGCUUGGAAGAAGCUACAUCGAAGUUCUCAAUAUACAAUGAAUAUUCUGAAGUUAUAGACAACGGAAAUAUCAAUAACGUUGUGAAUUGUGAUUGCAGACCUACUUGUACAGAUAUAACUUACAGUCUCGAAAUGUCCCAAAAUACAGUGAAAUAUGUACCAUUGAAUAAAACUGCAAGAGAAAUUAUCGACAAUGAACAUUAUCGCUACUCCAUUAUCAUCUUAUACUUCAAAAGCAACCACAUAGAAACGAAGGAAAGAAAUGAACUGUAUGGAUUCUCCGAUGUUGUUUCCAAUUUUGGAGGUCUUCUUGGAUUAUUCACAGGAUUCUCUAUUUUAUCUUUUACAGAAAUCAUAUACUUUUUAUCGCUGAGGAUAUGGGGAAACAUUCAACUUUUUGGAAAUUGGAGUGGACAAAGAAUUAACUGAACUGAAACCAUUUUAAUUUUUAAUUACCUCGAAUGUUACCAACUAAAUUUUAUAUUGUACCAAGAAUUGAAGUGGAAUACGAACCACAAAAAUAUACCGUGUCUUGUAAGGAGAAGUUGAAAAUAAAAUGAAUUUCAUUUUCCAGUUGUUUUCCUGAAAAUGAUAAAAAUAAAUCCUCAUAAAUAUCAGGUUUGUUUUAUUCAAUUGAUUAUACAGCGUUUUAGGGUUUUCAAAAUGUAUUCACAGUAAUUAAAGUUGUUGUGGUCCUGCCCAAUAUCCAUAGAGCCUAGUGUUGCAGCAAAUCCUCACAGUGAGAAAGUAGAUAGCUUCCAUAACUGAAAGGACGGAAACUCCAGUGAAAAGUCCUAAUAAGCCACCGAAAUUAGCCAAAAAGUCCGUCGGUCCAUAAAACUCAUGCCUCUGGGUAGUGAUGAAAUGCGACGACUUGAAAAAGAUCGUAAGUUUCGAUACGUG